UUACAGUUGAACUUGCCACAUCCAAAGACUAUUAUUAUGUCUCCUCGACGCAAACAACCACCUUUCACUAGAUCAGCUGGGAGGGGAAGAGGUUGUUUUCAACGUCGUCAGUUAGGUGCAAUAGAGGAGGAAUCGACUGCAUCCACCAUUCGGGCAGCACCUGCUGCUGAACAAAUCGAGACUCCUCCACAUCCUCCACCUCCUCUGCCACUUACUAGUAUUCUUGCUAUGCCUCUUGAGGCAGUUCAAGCAUUAGCAGCCUUCUUUACUGCUAUUGCUGGCCAGGCUCAGGCUGGUCAAGUUCUUCCUACAGUUCCUCUGGCUGCUCCUUCAGUACCACCAUCCCCACCUCCUGUCCCACCACCAGUGCUGGAUGUUUCUGAUUCUAAGAAGCUUAAAGAGGCUAGGCAACAUAGUUGUGUUUCUUUUAUGGGUGAGUCGGACGCAACCGUGGCUAAAGAGGUGGUGCGAAUGGCUUUAAGAGCCGAGAAGCUUGCGAAUGAAAAUAAGAGUCUGCGAGCUGAGUUAGCAAAAAGGAGAAAUCUAAGUGUAUCUUCUAGUCAGCCACCAAACAGGGGCAAAAACUCCUCUGUUUCAGGAAGUUCACGUAGAUGCAGAAAUUGUGGGAAUUAUCAUGUUGGGCCGUGCAGAGGGCCUGCACGAUGUUUUCAUUGUGAUCAACUGGGUCACAUUAGGAGAGAUUGUCCACAGUUAGGACGGGCUACGGUAGCUGCUCCAUCUCCACCAGCUCAUACGGAUAUACAGAGGAGAGAUUCCUCUGGAUUGCAACCGAGACAGGGAUGAUUUUGACAUACCACCAAGGGUAGAUUAAAUAAGUUGAAAUUAGUGCUCUAAUAAAGUACGUAUGAUAGAAAGCUAGUUUGUAAGUUGUAGUUUUCAUGAUCAUGAAAUAUAUAAAGAUUAUCAAUA